AUGGCUGCAGGCGGCGUUGACGAAUUGAGGGGGUCGUUUGGACCCCCAAUUCUGGGCUCAGUUCCUUUGUUCGUGAUUUUGGGCAUUCUGACCCUGGCGGCAUGGAACUUCUACCUCACAGCCGUUGGCUUCUUUGAGCUCUGGUUUCCGGGCCACCAGUGGGCCUUCGUCGCGUCCAUGACGUAUCAGGCAAUGAACGUAGUGGGGACAACCACUAUGGUGAAAGUUGGCCAGAAGAUUCCCUUCAAGCCUGCAUAUGUUAUGGCACUUGUGCUACAACUGCUGAUGAUUCUAGCCAUGCCAAUGCUGGCAUUUUGGAGUCCCGAAGAAGCUAACGAUGAUGUUGUGACUCCCUCGACUUGGGGCUUUGCUGCUGCACUGGCUUGCUGCGCAGUAUUGGGUCUGGCGGAGUCCUGCUUUACAUCUCUGAUCUGCGGGCUUGCGGGGUCCACGGGAGACCCGAAGCUUAUGGGCGCCAUCAUGACUGGGCAAGGCAUUGUCGGGGUAGUUCCCCCCAUAUUGAUGCUGUCGCUGAAGUUUUUAUCUGGAGAUCCCAUGAAAUGGAAAUACGAGGUCGUGUUCUGCUUCUUUGGCACCUGUGCCGCAUUGCAAGCCCUUGGCGUGUUCCUCGUGCGCUAUGUGCCAACCUUCCACCAGGAGAACCGACACGCAGACGCCACGAUGGUGGAAGUGGUGAGCAUCGGCUCUUUCAACACUUCGGAGCCAGCCGACCCUGCUCGGCAACUUAUCUCCGGAGAGCGCUCGUUCGGCCCCAUCCUCAAGGAUGUAAUGCCUCAGCUCGUGAACGUGACGAUGAUUUUCGUGGUGACCUUUGUGGUGUUCCCCGGUGUGGCCGCAAGCUGGUCUCCACAGCUGGAGUUUUUCGUCAGCAAAGGUGCUUUGGGUAAGGACUGGUAUACAACCCUUGUGGUUGGAAUAUUUCAGAUAUUUGAUGUGGUCGGACGGUCGACGCCCAAGGUGCUCGAGAAGAUCGGAGUUUCCCCGAAGAGGCUCGGCAUUCCCGUGUGGCUGCGUUUGGCCUUCAUUCCAGCCUUUAUGCUGCUGCAGCGAAGACCGAACUCAAUCGCAGCUCCCUGGCAGGAUCUGUUGGCCUUUGCAGUCAUGGCACUGUUUGCUUUGACCAAUGGCUGGUGUAGCACUCUGGCGAUGAUCUACGGGCCGCAGCAGGUGACACACCCCGCCGAGCAGCAUAGGGCUGGUGUUAUCAUGGAGCUGGGCCUUAUCCUGGGCAUCUUUGCAGGCAGCGUCCUGGCGUUGCUCACACAGCUCGGUCUUCACUGA